AUGAAAAAAAGCAGUUCCUGGCUAAAAGGUCUUUUGUGUCAUAAGAGUCAUCAUAAAUUCCAGAGGGGUAUUGAUUCGAAUAAUGUUGAUUGUGAUAGAGCGAAUUCGAACAACAUUAAACCGUUAGAACAGGAUGGAAGUGUCAAAGAAACUUUAUCUUUAUCAACUACUAGCCAAACUCCAGGUUUAGGGGAUGGGGGUUCAGCAAGUCUUGGCGACUGGUCUGCAGUGCACCAAGUUGAUUGUAUCGAUAACUCUAAAGUGAAUCUCUUGUGUGAUGGCAGUCAUAAUAGUGCCUCUGCUAUAAUUAGUUUUCUAAAUCGAGCAGAGUUUUGUGACCGCUUGGAGUCCAUAAUAGCUCGGUUGGAAAAAGUUGCUCAGUUAGGUUUGGAAAAAACACCUGGGUUGAUUGCUUUCGAAUCACUAAUGGCAGGAAGUCUCAAAAAUUAUUUAACGUGCAGUAAAAAACUUGGAGGCAAUAUACAAUCCCAAUCAUCAUGUGUUUAUGAAGCUUUUUGCAUUGUUAGAGAUCUUAUUCAGGACUCCAUGGUAUACAAGAAACCAAAUGAAACAGAAAUGGAUACCCUUUUGAAAAAACUUGACUUUAAAUUGAUAGAGAUUGCAAACUUCAGCGUUGAAGCCUUAUCUGUUAGGAAGUAUCAGUUAUCAACUGUUGCAGAUUCAAUGCUUAUAUUGAACUGGGUUGAGAAUUCAUCGGCGUCUCAAUACGUUAAAGAAAUGAAGGAUUCUGCAUGGUUGUAUGCAAAUAAAGUUGUCCAAUACUGCCGUAAGAGCCUUCCAGAGCAUGUUGAGUGGAUACGUUCGUGGCUUGCGUGUCUGGAUGAAUUAUGCAUACUAGUUGAUGAGCAUUUCCCAUAUGGUUUGAAGUGGAAUAGUAAUGGUUCAAAACUCCCUUUACCAACAGUUGAAAUACGUCCAGUUCAACGUUUACAACCCAACUGCAAUCCUACUUUACCCUGUAGAACUUCAGCAGAGAAUCGCCGCGCGAAAAUGUCGAUGCCGUCACAGUCGUCAACUUCACCUGAUCUGGCUCAGUUAUUCUCUGAGUUGACAAGUGCUCAUAAAAAUCUCCGCCAUAAUGCAGAUAAACUGACUCACUUAAUCAGAUCAUUGCGCGUGUGUUCUCUCAAAUCAACAAAUGUGCCUUUUCUUAAGGAUAAUACUGUGCAGCUUUGA